AUGUCACAAGGUCAGUCCAAAAAACUGGACGUAACUGUUGAACAGCUUCGAAGUAUAUACCACCAGUUUCAUGAUAUCUUGGAGGAGAAAACAGAUUUGCAUCUGCCGAAGAAGGACCACGACGAUGACGCUGUUAGGAGAGAGGUCCAGAUACAGUUACAAGAAUUUCUUUUGAGCGCCAUGACGAUGGCUUCGAAAUCAUUAGAAGUGGUCAACGCUGACAUAGUAGGAAAGACAGUAAAACAACUGAUUAUGGAAUCACAAGAGAAGUACAUGGAGCCCUUUGAUCUGGACCUGAAUGAGCAAGUUAGGAAAAUGUAUCAAGAAUGGGAAGACGAAACCGUUAAGGUGGCCCAGUUGAGGCAAACGGGGCCUGCCAAAAUCAACGAAGUGUACAAUAACUCAAAGGAUGAAUAUUUGACACAAUUGGAUGGAAGAAUCGGCGUCCUUCAAGCUAGAAUGGCGGAACAGCAAUCUGUAGACCACAAUAAUAAUGCUGACGAGGCCGAUGACCAAAUCAAAUGGGAGCAUAUCAAGGAUGAUUACGGGGCGUCACUGAAUGAAUUGUAUGAAACACAGCAGGACUUACCCCAGGUAAGAUAUAACGUUGAAAAAGUCAGGCGUUUAAUGGACUAUUUGGAGAAAGAGUGA